UAAUUCAAUACAAGAAUUCUGGGUUGGCUAUGAUAGCUACGCCUCAAGUUACAGACUGAAAACUAAUGUCUUAGAGAGAGAGUUUACCCACUGGGCGAACCUGCAGCCUGAAGCUGGGAGAGCCUGCACGGCCAGCUCGCGGAGACUGGAUGCAGUUGGUGUCUGGAGGAGUGUGGCAUGCAAUGACAGUUACCUGUAUAUUUGUGAGCUGGAUGUCCACACAAACAUGUCUACUAAUCAAGCAUAUUACGAGGGAUGUUUUACAGACACCGCCAGUCCUUUCCACCUACGAGUAAAUAUAAACUGACGUUAUCGUCAACGAUGGACAUAAAGACAUGUCGGGAUCACUGCCUGAACCUUGGCUUCAGAUACGCAUCUGCUAAAUUGGCAGUUGAAUGUACGUGUGGCAACUCCGUGAACAUAGGUGCACGCGUACGCGAGAGUUCCUGUAACUUACAAUGCAGGGGAGACAACUCAGAAAGUUGCGGUGGGACGAGGUACCACUCCAUCUAUAGAACAUCAGAUAAUGUAUGUAGUGCCACCAUGCCCAGAGACCCCUCCGACCCCCUUCGUUGUUACACCACGUCCCUACAUCAGCUAGACUGGUAUACGGGCCGCUUCUCCUGUGGGCGAAACCGAGGCGAUCUCGUCAGCAUUCAGAGUGUUGAGAAACAAGCAUUCCUAGCUCAGAAUGUAUACCCAGAGCCAGCAAGCUUUGCGGAGAAGGUCUCUAUAGGGGUGUAUCAGCAGAACCACAGUCACUUCAACUACUACGACGUUGACAACAACGUGACAGCCAACUGGAAGUACUUCUUCACGAAUUGGAACGGGAAUAACGGGGGUGAUUUGGACUGUGCCAUGAGCGAUGUCCACACGGGAGAAUGGAUUCAUGGGAAGUGUGGCACUGCCAGCAUCAAGAGCAACUUUGUGUGUGAAUAUAAACAGAAACGCCGCACAGUAACAGGGAAUAUCUGGAGGAGACUUGAGACAGCGUUAGAAAAACCAUCCACCAGUGUCACCACAAAUGCCGUUGUUAAUAGAAACGACAUAGCGUUCAGCCAUGACACAAAGCUAUAUGCUGACGACCUUGACCUCGGAUGUCUGAACAACCAUGAACUUUGUCCCAAUGGAUUCACGUUCGUAUUCUGGAUAUUCAUCGACUCUCAAGCUACUUCAGAUAUGGAAAUACUGUCAACAGGGAGUUGUGUGUCGCAGUUUGCUGUGGGUGUAGGUGUAUGUGUCUACUAUGCAGCAGCAUCCAAUAACAUCGUCAUCAAUGAUGCCACCAAUACGACUUUCAACAGGGUAGCUAGGCUGACAGUCGGUAAGGGUUCCUGGCACCACGUGGCCCUUGUGUUUGAUGGAGGUACCACGAUGUAUACCCACCUGGAUGGUGGACGUGCUAACGAGUUUACUGUUGAUACGUCACUGACAACGACUCUCACAAGCACGUUGAUCUAUGAACAAACGCUCUUUGGUAACUGGCAUGAUGUCAGUGCAGCUAACGACAGCUUCAAGCUUUACGACGUCCGCUUUAAGCCACAGAAGAUGAUGUGGAAAGAGAUCAACGGUUUAUACGGCGGUCUCAAACCAACGACUGGCUCCGUUCACUGGCUGCAGGAUGACACCAGUACUGUCAGGAAAAGAAGACAUAUCCAGAUCCAGGAGUUGAUGGCAGGGGGUUGAGGUUCAACCAGCAUGGCUCGGUAGCUUUCCUCUCUGACAAAAACACUUGCGCAGACAAACUGCAUCGCUGUACGGGGGCAUUUACUUACACCUUUUGGGUUAAGGUAGGCAUCCCUUCUCCCAAACCAAUGACUAUCCUCACUGUUGGAGAUGUUCCUGGUGGAAAGCAAGGCCUGAAGGUGACUGUGGAAAUUGACACUUUGCACGUCAGUUUGGUUGUAAGUGCAGGAAUGUAUUCAGCUAUUGUCAAUUCGGUCAGCUCUGGAAAAUGGCAACACAUAACGGUGACGUUUGACACGUCAUUGGGCCUAUCUGUGUUUCAAGACGGAGUCUUAGCUGUAACGGCAAUGAGUUCCGGAAGUGGUGUCGGUGCUGCAGCUGCUCAGUCGUCAUUGGCCAUAGGACAAGCUGUGUGUCCCAUGGACUGGCUUCAGGCCGGGUGGUCCUGCUACUAUCUGAACCGAUCUGGUGGCCUCUUCUGGACUGAUGUUCGAGUGUCGAAGGAUGCCGGGGCUCAUCAUGUGCACAUAGAUUCAGAUGAAGAGUACCAAUUUGUGCAGGACUUGAUGAUGGAAAACGGAAUUUCACAGUUACUAUUGGGUUACCACGAAGAAAGGCCUGAUACCCAGCGUUUUGUACGUGUGCCCGGUGGGUACGAGACAUACAUGACAGACAGUCUCGGCGGGGGUGGAGGGGAGUACCGGAGACUUGUGUGCAGUGGAUCAGCCUGCACGGUGGCAAGCUGGGGCGGAACCUCCAUUCCCACACUGUAUGAGAUGGAGCUAACCC